GUCUGGGGUUGGCUCGGGAGGUGGAGGCGGCGGGGGAACGCCGGAGACGAUUCGGACUCCAAGGCGACCCCCAAACGCCUUCACGUAUCUAACAUCCCCUUCCGCUUCCGAGACCCUGACCUACGGCAGAUGUUUGGGCAAUUUGGCAAAAUCCUUGAUGUGGAGAUCAUUUUUAACGAGAGGGGAUCGAAGGGCUUCGGUUUUGUUACGUUUGAGUCGAGCGCAGAUGCAGAGAGGGCCAGAGAGAAGCUCCACGGCACGCUGGUGGAAGGACGUAAAAUCGAGGUCAAUAACGCCACAGCCAGAGUGAUGACAAACAAGAAGAUGACCACGCCGUACUCGAACGGAGAGGGCCUUGCGGCACUGCCAUAUGCUGGAUGGAAGCUGAGUCCUAUGGUUGGAGGCAUUUACAGUCCUGAGCUCUAUACAGUACCAGGGUUUCCGUACCCAGCAGCAGCGGCAGCAGCUGCCUCGACCGCUGCAACCUUUCGAGGCGCUCAUCUCCGAGGUCGUGCUCGGCCCGUCUACAGCGCAGUCAGGGCAGCUGUUCCACAGCCUGCCAUCCCCACCUAUCCUGGUGUGAUGGCCUAUCAGGAUGGUUUUUACGGUGCAGCUGAUCUCUAUGGUGGCUAUGCAGCGUAUCGAUACGCCCAGCCGGCUGCAGUAGCAACUCCUGCGGCGGCAGCAGCUGCAGCGGCAGCUUACAGUGACAGUUAUGGACGAGUUUACACGGCAGAUCCCUACCACGCUGCACUUGCCCCAGCUGCCUACGGCGUUGGAGCCAUGGCCACGCUGUACAGGGGAGGCUACAGUAGAUUUGCUCCCUACUAAAGACACUACAUUUCCCAGGAGCUCCUCUCUUCCAUUGAAUUACUUUGAAAGAGCUCCCCCUGUUGUCGCGGAGGUGGACUGCACCCAGUUUUAAAAUGUGGACUUGACCACAGAGAAGAUAUUUCAGAUCCCACCCCAGAGCAGUCCCACGUUUUCUUAUAUACGCUACUACAGAAAUAGAGGAAUGCUGUAUUAAAGACUGAAGGAUGGCCUUAAUGUUAAAAAAAAAAAGAAGAAGAAGAAGAAGAGAAAAAAAUAAGACUUAAGAUGGCCUCCUUCCCUAUUGCACGGCUGUAUUAUAGUCUCCCCUUCUUAUUCCCUCAGCACUCAGCAGCACAAGAUUUGGGACAGAGCCCAGAUGUUCUUCCAAAGGCUGCAUGUGGAUAACUGACACUUAAAACAGCCGUCACCCGUGUGCGUGUUCGUGUGUGUGUGUGCGCGUGCGUGAAAGAGGCGAGCGCUGUGUGGCCUGCACACGCUCUCCGCUGAAGGAAAAAGAGAGGGAAACACACAAUGGAGGUGUCCACAAAACAUCAGGGCAGUAGGAAGAAAGACGGUGCGCUGAAAGAGCACCGAGAAAACAUUCUGAACCAGAAUGACGAGUCAAAUGAUAAAACCACCCACGGAUGGAUUUUAUAAUUCCUCCUCGACGUGGGCGGAUAGUAAGGAGAGGAUUUCCAAUCCCGCGGUGUUCUUUCUGGCAGAGGGAGACUGAAUGUGGCAGCUUGGAGAGAUGAUGUGACGGUUUAUAACGCUAUAGAAAUCACGUCCGAAAGCUGAAGGAGGGAGGGUUUAUUAGAGCUGUUCCUUACCUCAAGUUUUCUUAGUAUGUGGAAAUGGUAAACCUUUAAACUUAAAAUUGUUAUAUGCAAAGAAAUUAGUUUAGAGAGAAAAAAAAGUUACCAAAUUAUUAUUAUUAAUGAUAUUUGUAAUUGUAAUUAUUCUCAUUAUUACUCUUAUGAAACCAUUCUUAUGUUUGAGUCAGCAGCCGCUGCUGUCAUGGAUUCAACAGUGAACCCUGGGGUUAAAAAUCAUUAAAAAAGUACAAAUACGCUGUCAGGUAUAUGAAAACAGCUUAUAUCCGUGCACGGAACUUCACCCGACACUACAAAAAUGGCAACACUACACAGAAGAGGAAGGGGGUAAAAAUGUUCCUGUUUAGUGGAGUUUACACCCAAACUAAACCCUGGGGUUCAAAUAGUGGUUGGUCCUUUUAAUGUAGGAAUAUAUUAUUUGGAUCCCCCCUCAUAUUCCAUCUUUUGUAGAGUGUCCAGCAAUGGAUGAGUCUUCCUGAAACAUACUUCUGUUGGUAUUGUGUUUAAGAUGCUGCAGCAGCAACUGCUGAGCAAGAGAGAGAGAUUCAGUUAGUGAGUUUGUAGUAAAUAUUUAAAUGCAAAACACAAUUGUGCAUAUUUUUAUUCCAUUGUAUUCUAUAUUUCCAAAAUGUGGCUUUUUUUAUUUUUGGGCUUUUUGUUUUUGUUCCAAAGAUUUGUAGAAAGCACAUUUUCUGCCGUAUGUAUAAAUAUAUUAUCUUUGUUAUUGUUAUUAUCAUAAUCCUAUAGCUGUUUUUAUUAUUUACUUUCAUCUUCUGUGUUGUUCCUUGUCCUGUAAGGUGCAAGGUAAUUUUCAAGUGAUUUUGUUUUUUCUCUUGGGAGUAAAGUUCUUCAGCUGGAAAGCAUAGCUGGUUGGGGACAAACAAAGGUAUGCGCGUCACACCACCAAGCUUUUGUCCUUUUGGUUGACUAUUCAGUCCAGGCUGGUUUUUUUGUUUUUUUUGUUUUUGUUUGUUUGUUUGUUUUUGAUUGAUCAUAGGAUCCGCUAGCUUGACAUUUAUCAUAUUUCAAAAUAUAUAGUAACACUUUUUUUUUGUGUACGUGUGUCCAUGUUUUGCAAGUGACUGAGCUAUUUGGAAUGAGUGAACAUAGGCCUGUAGCACUUGAGUUAAAGCAGUCUGUAUUGUUUUGGUUUGAAAUCUUAAUGAUUCUUCACAUUUCAUUGGCUAAAUCUGUCAGCUUGGCUACUCUGGAUUUGUUUGAAAAAAGUGUUAUCGCUCAUACAUGCACAGGUUAGGGUUCCUGGCGAAAAACAAUUUGUCAGCAUUGGGAUAUGAAGUUGUUUUUAUCCAUCUUCAAAGCUACAUUUUGUGUUUUCCGCUUCUCACAAUUAGGAAAACAUGCUUUUCAUUAACAUGCUUUUUUUUCUCCCUUUCUUUUAAAUGUGCUGCUGUUGGAUUUUCUCAAGUCAUUUAGUGUUACUUUAAAAAAAAAUCUCCAUAUUAAUGUAGAAUGUGCUUCAGACACUUUUAAUUUUUCUUUAAAAAAAAAAAAAGAAAAACAGGCACUAGCCAAAGAUGCUAACAGUACCCAGCAUGUUCUGGCUUGACAUGUGCUACACAAAAUACUCUAAGAUGGACUUUUGGAGCCACUGAAGGCAUGGACAAACCAGCAUGAGCGAUACUUGUCGAGUUAUAUAUAAAAAAAAAAUAGUUUUGCAUGAAUCUUGUGUCUUUUCAUAUUUGAAUCCUGAGCAGCAGAGCCCAGCUGCGUUCUUCUUUACCACUAAACUCCAUGACAGGCAGCUAGCGAAUCUAAGCUAGUUAGCGCAUCAAAGAGCACAGUGCUGUUUGGCAAAAAGGCCCGGUGACAAACAAAAUGGCUGCCGCACAAAUGACACGUGGCAGCUUCAUUUUUUUUCCUGUCGUGGUUUUCUUGCCAGUGUAUUAUAGUAAACUAUGUGGUCAUCCUUCAUAGUUGCUAUGGUUUCUCAAUGAACAGUCCCCUUUCCUCUGUCAUGUCUGUAUUUCCCCUUGACUGCCAUUAUGUUUUUUUGUUAUUGAAUGUCCAUAUAAAAUGUUUUAUAUAAAAAUGUUUUGUUGUGAUUGAA